GGGGCUGUGGGGGAGAGAAGAAGCAAGUGGGAAAGCAGAGGGAGAGGAGAGAGAAAAAAGAGACAGUAGAUAUGUGUAUGAGCGUGCGGUGAUCGGUGCUGCAGGUACAGUCAGAGCCGGAUACAGGUUUCAUAGCAGCACCGGACCGCGGCAAGACCUCCUCGGAGCCUGCCUCUAUUCCUCUCCAUCCCCCCCAAACAACCCCUCCGCAAUGUCUGGCGGAGGAGAGGUACGCGUCCUCCUCCAAGAGGCCGGGAAAGAGAGCCCGAGAAUGCCGGCCUGGAAGCGAGAGAUCCUGGAGAGGAGGAAGGCGAAGGGCGGCGGGUCUGGAGGAGCGGGCGUCGCGGAGACGAGCCCCGGCGGUGCGGGCCCUCAGCGGGUAAACGGCGAAAUGACGGGUAAUGUGAACGGCAGUGGCGGCGGGGGACCCAAGAGAGACAGCGGACCGAGCGGCGGGUCCGGGCGGAACUACACCAUCAGCACGGCCAGCCAGCACUUCGCGAACAACAAAGAGACGCGACCGGCGGCCGCGGAGAGGACGACACCGAGGGAGGACGACAGACAGGAGAGCCUGGUGCUACAGGAAAGCCUGGGCCCGCUGGAGGAUAAUCCGUUCAUCAAGCUGGAGAAGGAGCGGAGGAGACGACAGGACCGAGAACACCCCGCUCGUCCGGUCCAGCACAUCCUGGAGCUGUACGGCAGCGUACCUGGUAUACGGACUAUCCGUGCGGAGAACAUUAUCAUAAUUGAGUCGGAUCCGGAUUACUUUCCGGAAGCUGGAGGGGUAAAAACCGGGUCCAAUUGGCAACAAAACGGUGUCAGUACUUAUAGCUCUCUGAACGACCUCCUGGACCGAAGUGGGAGUGGUGUUACUGAGAUAAGAGCCAAGGAAGUGGUCAUUUAUGACACCACGCUAAGCAAGAGUGAGGAGAACUUGAGCACCCUGGGCCGCCCAGAUCGUGAGGUCCCAUCCUAUGAGACAGGUGAGGGUCAAGGCAGGGUUACCCGGAUGUUGCAGAAGUUUGACAGCAACUACGGGAAGCUGCAAAAGAAGUCCCACAGCACAGAGAACCUGCUGGACCUGGAUUGUAGUGCCAGCAGCAGGCCAAGACUCUGGCCCAAGCCACAGCCAGAACUGGUGCCAAAGCCCAGGCCAGGCCCGUUGGUCAGCAGCCCCUGCAGCAGCCCAGACAGCAGCCACCCACCAUCACCAAUCUUCCAGACUCCAUGGUCUUCCAAACCAAAGCCACAGCCUGUCGUCUCUGAGCCGGGCAGCCCUCAACGCCUCACCGGAUCCCCAAAGUCUGUGUCUUCCUUCCGUCAGCGGUUCGAGGAGAGUGGGGGCCGUGGUGUGGCCAUCACCCCCAGAGGUGAGCCAGACAGGGGGCUAACCAAGCCCACCAGAGAGAGAGACUGGGAGGGCAUCGAAGUGCCACCCAAACCCAAGGUGCCAUGCUCUCCGGAGACCCGUCGUGCCCGUGCCGAGUCCCCCUCAAUCCCCGUCUCAUCCAAGGUGGCAAGCUCCUCACCUGACUUCGAGAUCCGUCCCUCUCCAAAGCCAGACCUCGACCAAAUUCCUGAUAGGGACACCCAGGCACGGGCGCUCGCAAACCUGCGCCUGCAGUCCCGGAACUCCUUCACAGUGAUCCCCAAACGCCGUCUCGCUGCCUCAUCUGCAACAAGCAGCCCAGCACUGUCUGGCCCCAUCAAGUCUUCCCCCUCCCACAGAGUGGCAGAGGUGCCCACGCCAGGAGUGCCAACCUCACACGCCCCUUCACCCACCCUGACACCCUCAAAGAGGAAGGAGGAGAAAGAGCAGGAAGAGAAGGAGGUGGAGUGGGUACCAAGGCCAUCCAAGCCUGAACCAUCUCCUUCUGUUUGCACAAGUCCUGCACAUCCUCCAACCUCAGAGCCUUUGUCUCCAUCUCCUGCUCUGACCCCAGGUCCCUCCUCUCCACCUGCCCUGUCUUCACCCCCCUCUUCUCCGGCUGUCCCAUCUUCACCCAUUUUCUCUCCACCUGCCCGAUCUCCCAUCCCCUCAGACUCUCCUGCCCCAUCUCCUGUCCCUCCUGCCCCCUCCCCGGCUCCAGAACAACCUCCUGGGGAUCAGCUGCCAGUAACAAACAUAGAUGACAUUGAGGUGGAGCCCCCACAGCAUGUCCCUGUUCCCAGCCCCAUGGUGCAGAGAAGAAAGGGGAACACCUUCACUGUGGUACCUAAACGCAGGGUGGAGAUCGAGGCCCAGCCAAGCUCACCUGAGCCCCAGCAUGAAGCCUCAACCGAGGCCCCGCCAGGGUCCACACCCCCGCAGGCCCCCUAUGCUCAGCUGGGCUCCCUGCUGAAGAAGCGCUACCCUGCGGUGGAGGAGAUUGAGGUCAUCGGUGGGUACCUUUCCCUAGCAAAGUCCUGCCUCUCUAAGACCGGCUCCACGGGCAAGAAGCUCAAAAUCUCCUUCAAUGAGUCGAGUCUCCAGAGUACAUACGAGUAUCCAUCAGAGAGCAGCGUGUGGGACAGCGGGGAGGACGAGGAGGAGGAGGAGGAGGAAGAGAAACAAGACGGGAGGAUGUCGGACGAACAGCCAAGCAUGGUGGGACGCAUCCACAUCCCUCGACCCAGUUUCACAACCUCACCCGCACAAACGACCAACAGCAACGACCUUUCCAGCUACAUUCCCAAGCACUCAGUGGACUUCAGCGCCUGGCAGGAGCACAAACAUGAUGACAGUGUAUACCAGGAAGACACCACUUCCCAACAUACGCAGAUGACAGAGGAGGUUAUGCUCACACCGGCGGACAGCUCCUCCCUGUCUGACUACAGCAGCGAGCCCGCUCUUUACUUCUGAUCCAGCGGACCAAUCGGCUGUACAGUAGCUUUGCAGCGUCACACUUGUGGGACCAGAGCGCAGCCAGAGCCCAGAGGAAGACUGCCACACCUGGGCCCGGCCGGCCUCCAGCUCUACGCUCCAGCCAUCUCCAAGCACAUCUUCCUGAUCAGAAAGGAAACCUAGUGGAUUUUU